AUGGCCGGCCUGGGUAUUGGCCAAAAGCUGCAGCAGCCGCUGCUGCUGCUGCGGCAGCUGCAGCAGCUACGUCAGCAGCAGCAGCAGCAGUUGCCCGCUGAAGUACCUAGAGAUCCUGCAAUAGGAAGUGAUGCGGGAGCAGCAGCAUCUGCAGCAGCAAACCAUCCGCAGCUGUUACGGCAACUACAGGAACUGCAGCAAGCGCAGCAGCUGCAGCGUCAACACCAGGAGCAGCAGCAGCAUAUGCAUCAACUGCAGGAGCAGCAGCAAUUGCUGCAGCAGCAGAAGCAGCAGCAGGGAGCUCAUCAUGAACUGCUGCAGCAAAUGCUGCAGCCGAAGGCAGAUGACUUAGAUAAACAAAUUCUGCUGCAGCAGCGAAUCCUUAGAGCGCAGCAGCAGCAGCUGCUGCAGCUGCGGGCUCAUAACCUCAGCAGCAGUAGCGCAGCAGAAGAGGGAUGGCAGCAGCAGCAACAACAACAGCCACAGGACCCCCUGCUGCUGCAGCUGCUGCAACAAACCCAAUCGCAACAGCAACAGCCGCAGCAUCAACAACUGCAGCAAUUGCAGCAACUGCAGCAACUGCAGAAUCAGGAACUGCAGCAACAGCAGCAGCGGAUGAUGCCGACACAGCAGCAACUCCCUAACCCCAGCAGCAGCCUUCAGCAGCAAGUUGUGCUGCUGCAGCAGGCCCUGCAGAGCAGCAACAAGGAUACAUUGGCUGGUCUUAAGGGGACGCUGCAGCAGCAGCAGCAGCAGUUGCAGGUGCUGCUGCUGCAGCGACUGCAGCAGCUACAAGAGCAGCAGCAGCAGCAGCGACAGCAGCAGCAACUGGGAUUCUUCGACGGCGACCCAAAUGGGUGGGUUGCUGCUCCGCUGCAGCAGCAGCAGCAGGCGGACUUUGGUGCUGUUGCAGCACAUCCUGAUUCCUGGAUGUAUACUGCCGAUAAUCAGCAGCAGCAGCAGCAACAGCAGCAGAAGAAGAGAGAGCGAAGAGGCAACUCCACAGUAUGUUUGCUGCAGCUGCCAGCAGCAGAAGUGCGACAAGGCGCAGGAAGGAGACACAGGAAGCAGCAAACAGGGGACAAUUGGGAUGCAGCAGCAGCAGCAGCUGCAGCAGCAGCAGAAGCAGCAGCAGAAGCAGCAGCAGCUGCAGCAGCAGUCACAACUGUUGAGGCGGCACCAGGAAAGCGAAGAAGGAUACCUUCUGCUAAGGCAUUAGCAGCAGCAGCAGAUGCUGCUGCUGUUGCUGCAGCAGCAACAGCAGCAGCACGAGCUGUGGAUGCCUCUUACCGUGUCCACCCCAAAUGGGAACGACUCCGACAGCAGCAACAGCAGCAGCAGAUGCAGAUGCAGCAGCAGCAGAUGCAGAUGCAGCAGCAGCAGGAGCAACAGAAGCAGCAGCAGCUGUUGCAGCGGCAGCGGCAGCAGCGGCAGCGGCAAGCAGCAACCCCACACAUGCCCGAGACGAUCCCCACAGCGCGACAGGCGCAGCUGGCUGCUAUGCAGGAGGAGCGCCAGCGUCAGCAGCAGCAGCAGCAGCAGGAGCAGCAGCAGCAGCAAUUGAAGCGAGCGCAGAUGAAACGAGAAGCCCUGCAGCACAAGUUGCAGCAACCGCAGCAGCAGCAGCAGCGGCAGCAGCAGGGGUACGUACAGCCCAUGUGGCGUCGACUGCAGCAGCUGCAGGAGUUGCCUGCUUUACGUGUAGUGCUGCAGGCGGAAGCAGCUGGUGAUGCACUGCAGCAGCAGCAGCAGCAGCAGCAGCUAAUCACAGCAGCAGCAGCAGCAGCAGGUAUAGGCAGGGCAGACUGUCUUAUAGAUACACUUGCAGAGAUCUAUCAUAAGGCGCUGCGGCUGCUGUCGCAGCACGGCGUGCUGCUGCUGUGUGAGAUAGGCAGCAGCAGCAGGAAGACUGCUGCUGCUGCUGCUGCUGCAGCUAGCAGCAACAGCAGCAGCAGCAUCAUAUACACCCGACAUGUCCCUGCAGCCUGCAGAGCCAUACGCACCGAGGACAAUGCAGCAGACACCUGCCCAGCAUCAGCAGCAGCAGCAGCAGUAGGAAGUUCUGGCGAGGCAGCAGCACAAGGGACGAGAGAAUCAGAUUGUUUGCUGCUGCAGCGCGGGCUGCUGCUGCUGGCAGCAGACAGGCAGGUUGAUGCCCCAGAACAGCUGCUGCAACAACCGCUAGACAGCGAAGUUUUGCAGUUUCCUUGCGGCGCCCAUUUGCAGUUGCUGCCUUGCUGCAGCAGCGGCGACAGCGAGAGUUGCCGCAGCGGCAGCAGCACAUUGGAGAACAGCAGCAGCAGCAGCAGCACGGAUGAUUAUAUUGGUGUUAUAUCUCUUUCUUGGUGCGCAGAGGGUGCUGUACGCGAAUGGCUGCAGGCCCUCCUAUGUGCCUCAGCAUGUCUGCUGCUUGCUGCAAGCAGCAGCAGCAGCAGCAGCAGCUGUGCAGCAGAAGACAUGCAAGGGAUCUACUGCUGCGUAGGAGACACAGUGCAGCAGCAGCAACAGCAGCAGCUUAUUGCGUCUGUUUUUAGGUCUCUUGGCGCAGUGCCCUGUAAUGCCCCUGCUGUUGCAGCCUCAAGCUGGCGCAAUGACAACAGCAGCAGCAGCAGCAGCAGCAGCAGGUGGUUCUACUUAGAGGCACCUAUUCUUGCUGAUAGGCAGCGGCUGCUGCAGCAGCAGCUGCAUGUAUCUCCUGGUAUUGUACAUAAGACAUUAAGUACUUGCUGCUUAUUAAGAGAUGGAGUACAGGUCUAUAAGAAUGUGAUACCUGCCGAGGAAGUUGCUGCUAUAUGGCGUAUAGUGCAUGUACACUUCGCGCUGCUGAUGGACCGCGUGCUGCAGCAGCAGCAGCACCAACAUUGGCCAUACCAGCAAUCCUCUAUAUUUAAAUAUGAUGGUAUUGCAUGCAGGAACUCACCCUUGCGUGUAGAUGUAAAUGUAUCCGAGCCCCAUCUUGAGUAUGGCCCUGGUCUCCUAAGAGAGACGCAUGCGCUGCUGCGCAGCAAGUUGCAGCUGCUGCUGCAGCGUGCUGCUGCAGCACUUUCUGUUGACUUCGGGUCGUGGGAGAAGGUAGUGGUAAGAAAGCAGCAGCAGCAGCAACAGCAACUGCAGCAGCAACUGCAGCAGCAAGGACUGAUGCUAGAAAGAGAGAAACGCGAACUACAAAGAAAUAGUGGCGGCAGUACAACAGCAAGUACUGCAACAGAGCUUGAUGAUGAUGAGACACCAACUGCAGCAGCAGCAGCAGCAGCAGCAGCAGGUAAAGUGGAAGAAACGGGUGACAGCAGCAGCAGCAGCAGCAGCAGCCCAGAAGGUUUGUGGGGUGUGGGAUCGAACGAUCCCUCAUGCAACCUUAAGGUCAAGUUAGAGGGUUCUCCUUUGGAUGCUGCAGCAGCAGCAGCAACGUCUGGUGCUGCAUCUCCAGCAACAGCAGCAACAGCAGCAGCAGCAGCAGCAGAUAUGUAUGUAGAGCCUGCCUGGCAGCAAGUUACUUGCGGCUAUCUAAUGUCUUUAGGGCCUCAUGAUAACAACCAAAAGAUACACUAUGAUUACCAUGAAGAGGCACAUAAGCGUAAUAUAGUUAGUGCUUUUUUCCCCUUAGUAAAUUUGAAUAGCACAAAUUCUCCGACGACAUUUUUUUUGGGUUCGAACGCGGUCUACUCGAAUGCGCAAAUAGGGGAUAUGGUCUUAAUGGAUAAUAUAACUAGACAUAGAGGUAGUAAUCAUAUUUCUUUCUCUAUUCGUCCUCUUAUCUAUCUAUCUGUUAUUGAUAAAAGAUUCUAUGGAGGAAUAAAAGUUGGUGCUAAGACACAUUUCCUUAAUUGGCAACAAUAUCCACAGCUACCCCAGCAGCAGCAGCAGCAGCAGCAGCAGCAGCAACAGAAAGAGGAUGAGGAAGAGGAUGAGGAAGAGGAAGAGCAGCAGGGGGAAGAACAGAAAGGGGAGGAGCAGGAAAAAGAGGAACAGCAAGAGAAGGAGCAGCAGGUGAAAGGAGAGCAAGAAAAGCUGCAGCAAGAGCAGCAGCAAGAGCAGCAAGACCAGAAACAAGAGCAGCAGGAGACACAACAGGAAGGUACAGCAAAUGCACCUGCAGCAGCAGCAGCAGAAGCAGCAGCAGCCGCUUCUUCUUCCAACGAGGAAACUGCUGAUACAGGAGAGGGGUCUCCUAAUCGUGCACAGGAAGCAGAAUCGCAGCAGCAGAAACAGCAGCAGAAACAGCAGCAGAAGCAGCAAGAAGACGAGGAAUGUGUGUUAGAGCUAACGGAGGCAGAAGCAGCAGCAACAAACCUUGAGGAGCUUUGUGCUAUUAACAGGCUUACUGCCUACGACGUGCUGCCUCCAGGCACCCUACAGCAGCAGCAGCAGCAGGAGCAGGAGAUAGGUGAGUGCUGCGAGAAGCUAGCAGCAACAGCAGAUUCACCAUCAAAGAUUCGGGUGUCUCUACACCGCAUGAAGCAGCACCUGCAACGCAUGCUGCUGUAUCGUUAUAUGACGUAUAAGCAGCAGCAAACUGCUAUGCAGGACGUAUAA